AUGUCUUUAAAGGCUUGCCAUGGAUGUACAUCUUUGUCCAAAUGUGAUUGCAGUGGAGUAAAAGGUGAAAAGGGCGAAAGGGGAUUCCCAGGCUUGGAAGGACAGCCAGGUUUGCCUGGAUUUCCAGGACCAGAAGGACCACCUGGUCCAAGAGGCUCGAAGGGUGAUGAUGGUCUGCCAGGACCUAUUGGACCCAAAGGAAUCAGAGGACCGCCAGGGCUUCCAGGAUUUCCAGGAACACCAGGACUUCCUGGAUUACCAGGACAAGAUGGGCCACCAGGACCUCAGGGUAUCCCAGGAUGCAAUGGAACAAAGGGAGAGCGUGGAUUCCCAGGCAGUCCGGGUUUUCCUGGUUUACAAGGGCCUCCUGGACCCCCUGGUCUGCCAGGUAUGAAGGGUGAAGCAGGUGAAAUAAUUACAUCCUUGCUGCCAGGACAGAAGGGCGACCCAGGAUUUCCAGGUCUUCCAGGGAUACCUGGCCCACCUGGCUCCAUGGGAAUACCAGGUCCAGUUGGCCCUCCAGGGCCCCCAGGUUUGACGGGACCUCCUGGUCCACCAGGGCUGCCAGGACCCAAGGGUAAUAUGGGUUUGAAUUUCCAAGGACCCAAAGGCGAAAAAGGUGAACAAGGUCUUCAGGGACCUCCAGGGCCACCAGGACAAAUUGGAGAACAGAAAAGACCAAAUGACAUUGAGUUUCAGAAAGGAGAUCAGGGUAUUCCAGGUGAUCCAGGCCCACCAGGACUUCCUGGGCCCCAAGGCCCUCCUGGUCUUCCCGGUGGCGUAAAAGGUGAAAAAGGUGAGCAAGGAGAACCAGGCAAAAGAGGAAAGCCUGGCAAAGAUGGAGAACCUGGUCAGCCUGGUAGGGAUGGUUUACCCGGUGGGCCUGGAAUAAAUGGUGCUCCAGGAAGAGAUGGUGAAAAGGGUGAAAAAGGUGACAUGGGUCCCCCUGGUCCUCCUGGAAUUGUCAUUCCAAGACCAGGCAUUGAUGCAACAGUGGGACCAAAAGGUAGCAAAGGAUUGCCAGGACUUCCAGGAGCCAAAGGGGAUCGUGGAUUCUCUGGUAGGCCAGGCCCACCUGGCUUGCCAGGAUCUCCAGGGAUCACUACUAUUGGACCCCCUGGCCCACCUGGCUUACCUGGUGAGAGAGGACAGAAGGGAGAUCCAGGUUUACCUGGUGUUUCUAUUCCUGGGCAACCAGGACUUGCUGGACCACGAGGACCUCCAGGACCACCAGGUCCCCCAGGGCCACCAGCACCAUCUGUUACUCCUGGUGAAGGGUUAUGUGAGCAGGGGCCACCAGGUCCUCCAGGAAUUCCAGGACAACAAGGCUUUACAGGGGAGCGAGGCCAAAAAGGUGAUCGAGGAGACACGUGCUUCAACUGCAUAGGAACUGGAGUAACUGGGCCUCCUGGGGAGAGAGGACCACCAGGACCUCCGGGUAGUCCAGGUUCUCCUGGUUUUCCUGGACCAAAAGGUGAAAAAGGGCUUCCUGGAUUAACUGGCCUUGUAGGGCCACCAGGCUUCCCAGGGUCCCCAGGUGCUCCUGGGAGACCUGGUCCUAAAGGAGACCCAGGGGAUGUCCUAAUUUCUCCAAGAAUGAAAGGUGACAAAGGUGACCCCGGCUUCCCAGGACCUCCAGGUCUCCCUGGCAUAGAUGGCACUCCUGGUCGAGAUGGACUGCCAGGUUUACCUGGCCCUAAGGGGGAACCUGGCAGUGUUGCAUUCAAAGGAGAAAUGGGUAUUCCAGGUGAUCCAGGAAUACCAGGUCUUCCUGGAGAAAAAGGGCUUCCUGGACCUCCUGGUUUUGGUCCACAAGGUUCACCUGGUGAAAAGGGCAUCCAAGGUGUAUCCGGCCGUCCAGGGCCUCCUGGUGUUCCUGGUCCAAAAGGUGACCCUGGACAGACUAUUACAGAACCGGGAGUUCCUGGCCCCCCUGGUCCUCCAGGAAGAAGUGGUGAUCCAGGUCUUCCAGGAGAUCCUGGCCAGCCAGGUCAGCGUGGUUUACCCGGCAUCCCGGGUGCAAAGGGAGAGCCAGGUAUUCCUGGCAUUGGACUUCCAGGACCACCAGGCCCAAAAGGUUUCCCAGGGACUCCAGGCCCCCCCGGAGCUCCAGGAGCUCCAGGUCGCCCUGGACUAGAUGGACCUCCUGGACCACCUGGUUUCCCGGGACAGAAGGGAGAUCGUGGAUUUGGAGUUCCAGGACCACCUGGACCCCCAGGACCCCCAGGCAUAAAAGGAGUUCAAGGACCUAAAGGUGAUCCUGGCUUCCCAGGAAACCCUGGUCUCCCAGGACGAGCAGGUUUUGAUGGAACUCCAGGGCCCAAAGGUGAUCCUGGACCAAGUGGACCACCAGGACUCCCAGGCCCACCAGGCAUCCCUGGCAUUGGUGGUCAAGGUCCACCUGGAUCUCCAGGACCUCCAGGUCCAGUUGGCCCCCCAGGGUUGCAAGGCAUCCCAGGGGAGAAAGGGGAUCCAGGUCCUCCAGGCUUCGACGUUCCUGGUCCUCCAGGUGACCGAGGAACCCCCGGAUAUCCAGGACCCCCUGGUCUACCAGGGCCUCAGGGUUCACCUGGGCCACCUGGCAGGGAUGGAAUACCUGGAUUUCCAGGUGCCAAGGGUGAGAUGGGCGUCAUGGGAGCUCCUGGUCCUCCAGGGCCUCCAGGAACUCCUGGAAGAAAUGGCCUGCCUGGCUUGAAAGGUAACAGUGGGUUGCCUGGUCCGCCGGGGCCUCCUGGACCGGUAGGACAGAAAGGCAUCAAAGGUGAAGCAGGUCUGCCAGGUCCACCCGGAAAAGUUGAUCCAAAACAGCUGGGAGCAAAAGGAGAAAAAGGAGAGCCAGGUGUUCCAGGUAUUCCUGGUUUAUCAGGACAGAAAGGUUAUCAAGGACUCCCAGGUGACCCAGGCCCACCAGGACUUAGUGGCCCACCAGGUGUGCCAGGAUUGCCAGGCAUCAAGGGAGACAUGGGGCUUCCUGGGCAGCCAGGACCGACAGGACCUCCAGGAUUAAAAGGUGCUAUGGGAGAGAUGGGCCUUCCAGGCCCCCCAGGGAUUAAAGGCAGCCAAGGAAUAGCAGGACGUCCAGGGCAGCCUGGGCCUGCAGGAUUUCCUGGAUUGAAAGGGGAGAAAGGUGACCCUGGUCUUUCAACCAUUGGUAUUCCUGGUCCCCCUGGACCAAAGGGUGACCUUGGUUUGCCUGGAUACCCAGGUAGUCCAGGCAGUAAAGGUAUAGCUGGAAAUCCUGGUUUGCCUGGAUUUCCAGGCAGUCCAGGUGCAAAAGGAGAACCAGGCCUUCCUGGAUUCCCAGGAACACCAGGAAUUCCAGGACCAAAAGGUAUUGAGGGGCCUCCAGGUAAUCCUGGCCUGCCUGGACCACCUGGGCCAGUAGGUGAUAUUGGUCGUCCUGGCCCUCCCGGUCCCUCAGGGGAGAAGGGACAGCCCGGCCGAGACGGGAUCCCGGGACCAGCGGGUCAGAAGGGUGAACCAGGUUUACCAGGUUUUGGGCGCCCAGGACCUCCAGGACUCCCAGGAUUGUCAGGGCAAAAAGGAGAACUUGGGUUACCUGGCCCACCAGGGCCCCCUGGACUUCCAGGUCUGAAGGGAGAACCAGGUUUCCAGGGAUUCCCUGGUCUACAGGGUCCACCAGGUCCACCAGGAUUACCAGGGCCACCUCUGGAAGGUCCUAAAGGUAACCCUGGCCCACCAGGUGUUCCAGGAAGGCCAGGUGCACCAGGCCCAGAAGGUCCACGAGGGCCACCAGGCCCUGGAGGACUUAAAGGGGAAAAAGGGAACCCGGGUCCACCUGGUCCACCUGGCCUGACUGGUCCAAAGGGAGAUCAAGGACCACCUGGACGCCAGGGGGAUCCUGGCCGUCCGGGUCUGAAUGGAAUGAAGGGGGACCCCGGGGUUCCAGGCGUUCCAGGAUUCCCAGGUAUGAAGGGUCCCACUGGACCUGCAGGACCCGCUGGCCUCACAGGCAGCCAGGGACUGCCAGGCCCACCAGGUCCACCAGGUUUACCAGGUACCAUUGGACGAAGCAUUGUUGUCAAAGGUGAUCCUGGUCCCCCAGGUCCUCCAGGACAGCCUGGGUCCAAAGGGGAAGCUGGAUUGCCAGGGCCACAGGGAUUGCCAGGUCCAAUUGGUCUUCCUGGUGACCCCGGGAGAGAUGGACUACCUGGUUUUGAUGGUCCAGCAGGACGUAAAGGAGAGAGGGGUCUUCCAGGCCAACCAGGUUCACGAGGAGUACAGGGACCUCCUGGCCCUGAUGGCUUACAAGGCCCACCUGGUCCUCCUGGAACAGCUUCUGUUGCUCACGGAUUCCUUAUAACUCGGCACAGCCAGACCAGGGAUACACCACUUUGUCCACAGGGAACAUCAAGAAUAUAUGAUGGCUUCUCUCUUCUAUACGUGCAAGGAAAUGAAAGAGCACAUGGCCAGGAUUUGGGUACUGCUGGGAGCUGUCUCAGGCGGUUCAGCACCAUGCCCUUCAUGUUCUGCAACAUCAACAAUGUUUGUAACUUUGCAUCAAGGAAUGACUAUUCCUACUGGCUGUCGACUCCAGAGCCAAUGCCCAUGAGCAUGGAGCCACUGACUGGGCAAAGCAUCCAGCCCUUCAUUAGCCGAUGUGUUGUGUGUGAAGCUCCUGCUAUGGUGAUAGCUGUCCACAGUCAGACCAUUCAGAUUCCUUCAUGUCCUCCAGGCUGGGACUCCCUUUGGAUCGGCUACUCUUUCAUGAUGCACACUAGUGCUGGAGCAGAGGGCUCUGGACAGGCCUUGGCAUCGCCUGGAUCCUGUUUGGAGGAAUUCCGCUCAGCGCCGUUCAUCGAGUGCCACGGUCGGGGCACCUGUAAUUACUAUGCCAAUUCUUACAGUUUCUGGCUGGCAACUGUAGAGGUGUCAGAAAUGUUCAGCAAACCUCAGUCAGAGACACUGAAAGCUGGAGACCUGAGGACGCGGAUUAGUCGUUGUCAAGUUUGUAUGAAGAAGACGUAACGUCUUGGAGAACGUUUUAUAAAACAGUUGAAAAUUCCUAAGAUGCACUGUCUUCCAGCUGCAACAAUGGUGCUACUGUGCAGAAAGAAAAGAAAAAAACUAAUCCAAACUGUUUUAACCGUGCAAAUUCAAGUGUACCUCACUCACGUGCCAAACUAAGGGUUGUUCAGUACAUAUUUGACAACAGGACUAAGAUGAAAGAGUUGACCUCUUGGAAACAGAAAAGAACACUCGAGGUUCAUAAAGGAUCAGAAGAUGAAAUUUUUCAUUUCUCUCCCUGUACCAAAAUGGCACCUUUUUGAUCAACCAAGAGAACAGAGAAAGACACGACGCACUGAGUAUGUUUAAAAUAACAAGACUGCAGUUUUGAAAAACAUUUUUCAUGGUGCUACUAACCCUACUGUAUCCCAGGUUUUUAAUAUGAAAUUUUAAGCUUAUUUCUCUUUGUAAGUAAUGAAAUGUGUAUAUUGUGUAAACACCUUUUUAGUUGAAAUUUUCAGUCGUUUAGAAAACAAACCAGACUGAUAUAAAAAUUCUCAUGUCUAAAAUUAAAAGAUACAACAGUAUUUUAUUAUGAAACUUGUGGUACAGAGAGAAUUUACCCCUCUUAGACCAACUUAUGCAUUUAAUUUUUCAUUUCCUUCCUCUGUUGCCAACCUAAUAUAUUUGGGGAAUGCACAAUUAUUCUGAAGUAAUUUCGAUCAGGGUUUUAAAUGUUGUACACCACGCUAUCAGUGGUUUUAUUUGUGCUUAGAAAUCCCAAUCCACUUGAAAAGGGUUUUUUUAAUCUUGUGAAAAUAUGUGAAAUUAUUAGCCAUAUUCUAUAUCCUUCUUUUCAGAAGUCACAUUCACAUUUUAGUAGUUUGGUUUAACCAAACCUGUCCCUUGGGAAUAUCCAGUUACCGAAGCAUUUAUGAUGCUCACAUAAAACCUCAACUCUGAAGUGGUGUCCUACAUUUUAUCUUAAAUAGUGUACAUGCUAAAACACCUUCUGAAUAAAAUAAAGCAGAAGAUGGUGGAAACUUUCCUAUUUACAGAUUAAUCUUUUAAUCUUAUGUGAAUUUAUACACAUCCACAGUGUAUUUACGGUAUACAGCAACUCUUGUGUAUGUAUAGUUCACAUAAGGCCUUGAAAGAUGGUGCAUGCAGUCUUUCUGAUGUCAGUUUGUAAGAAUCCUACUGUGUAUGUCUUAAGAGUGUCACUCCUUGUGCAAUAGCUGAAAAGUGAUCACUUUUGUA